UCGCCCCGUUCCCUGCAGUUGAAGGGAAUUACGAGAGAGAGAGAAAGGGUUCAUUUCUGGUUGUCUCCUGUUUCUCUUUCUAGCCUUGCGCUUUCUAUCUCCCCUUUGAAGCCCUAAUCUGGAGCGCUCUAGGUUUUAGGGUGAAGCCUUCUUCCAUUUCAUUUGGUUCUCAGAAGGCUUAGAAACCCUAAGCGUUGCGUGGUUGAAGGAUGGAGAGCGUGGCUUGAUGAUCAUCUAGGGUUUCUAAGAAUCUGCGGUGCAAGGAUUUUUAGCUUGGAUAAAGCUCUUGUAUUUGGAGAGUUCAGGGUUUUUCUUUCCAGGAGUUGCGUCGUUACGAGUCAUUUUUUUUUUGGGGAACCCUCAAUCCUGCAUGAUCUAGGUUUUGGCUCUUUUGGGAAAUCCUCAGUUCUUUGUUUCCCAGAUCUCAAGUGUUGGUUGCAGAAACCUAAGAUCUCUAGGAUUUGAAACUUCUGGUGUUGUAAUACCCAGGUUAUAGGUUUCCCUGGUAUUAGUUCCUUGCGAUUUGAAGCUUUUGUGGAUCUUAAUUCCUGUGUUGUCUAAGGUUCGUGGCAGUUUGUCACAGGAGCCUUGUAAAAUUUGGUUUUUAAAAGUUUUGAAGCCAUAUCAAAUUGCAGUAUCCAGGUUCUCUGUGCAAAUUUUCUAUCAUACUUUCCACUUCCUCAAAGAAGCCACCAAAUUCAUUUGGGUUUUUCCUUUUGUCCGUUUACCUCUGUGCUUGUUGGUCACCUCUGUGCUUGUUGGUCGAGCAAUUGGAAAAUGGCAACUGCUUCUGCUGGUCCACGCUAUGCACCUGAAGAUCCAACCCUCCCAAAGCCAUGGCGAGGCCUGGUUGAUGGUAGCACCGGUUAUUUGUAUUAUUGGAACCCUGAAACCAAUGUGACCCAAUAUGAAAGACCAGUGGCUCCAGCUCCUCCAUUACCAUCAGGGCCUCCACCUCAAGGUGCCCCAAAGAUCGCCUCUAUCCCGGUCUCAUUGGUUCAGCAACAAUCAGGGCCACCAAAUCAACAGAUGGGUGGUGGAUCAUCGGAUUAUGGGCCGCAAUCGGUGGGUGGUGCCCCAUCUGGUCAUGGACAACAGAUGAUGGUGGGUCAGGGUGUGAUGGGAAGUAACGGGAAUGAUAGAAGGGCUGGGGAUGAUGGGCGACGUAAUGGUGGUAUGGAUCCUGGCAUGAUGAUGGGGCAUCAACCGAAGCUUGCUGCAAUUCCAAUGGCUCGGAACCAGCAGCAUCAGGUGAUGAGGCAUGGGGGAGUUCAUCAACAAAAUGGACCAUCUGUCCCUUCCAAUGGAUCGAGUUCUGCUAUGGGACAUGUGGCGCAUAAUAUGUAUGCUCAUGGGCCCAGUUCUCAAGCAUACUCUAAUAACCAACCAAUGAGAUCAUCUACAAGAGAUACAAGUUCUCUUACUCAUGAGGGUUACCGUCGUCAGCAUGAGAUAACUGUUAUGGGAGACAAUGUACCGGCACCUUUCAUGACAUUUGAAUCUACUGGUUUCCCUUCUGAGAUCCUGAAAGAGGUACAGCAUGCCGGAUUUUCCUCUCCCACACCAAUACAGGCACAGACAUGGCCAGUAGCCCUUAAAGGUCGGGACAUAGUAGCCAUUGCUAAGACAGGGUCAGGGAAGACCCUGGGUUACCUAAUCCCAGCCUUCAUUCACUUGAAACGCUUGCGAAUGGAUCCUGGAAUGCGGAUUGAUCCACGAAUGGGCCCUGUUGUGUUGGUGCUAUCUCCAACGAGGGAGCUUGCAACACAGAUCCAAGAUGAAGUUGUGAAGUUUGGUCGUUCAUCCAAAAUCACAUGCACGUGUUUAUAUGGGGGAGCUCCCAAGGGCCCUCAGCUGAAGGAUGUGGACAGGGGCGUGGACAUCGUUGUUGCAACACCAGGGCGACUAAAUGACAUACUAGAGAUGAGGAGGGUGAGCCUGAAGCAGGUAUCAUACUUGGUACUUGAUGAGGCAGACCGUAUGCUUGAUAUGGGUUUUGAGCCCCAGAUUCGAAAAAUUGUUAAGGAAAUACCCCCACGCCGACAGACACUCAUGUACACUGCAACAUGGCCCAAAGAGGUUCGUAAGAUUGCUGCCGACUUACUGGCACGUCCCAUCCAGGUUAAUAUAGGAAACAUGGACGAGCUUGCUGCAAACAAAUCUAUCACUCAGUAUGUGGAAGUGGUGAUGCCCAUGGACAAGCAGAGGCGGCUAGAGCAGAUCCUGCGUUCGCAAGAGCCAGGUUCGAAGGUCAUUAUCUUCUGCUCAACAAAGAGGAUGUGCGAUCAACUCGCUCGCUCAAUCUCCCGUCAGUUUGGUGCUGCAGCCAUACAUGGAGACAAGUCUCAGGGGGAGAGAGAUUGGGUCCUUAACCAAUUUCGCAAUGGCAAAUCUCCUAUCCUUGUGGCCACGGAUGUUGCUGCUAGGGGUCUUGAUAUUAAAGAUAUCAGGGUGGUGAUCAACUAUGACUUCCCUACAGGCGUCGAGGACUACGUGCACCGUAUUGGUCGCACAGGCCGUGCAGGAGCCACAGGUAUUUCAUACACCUUCUUCUCUGACCAGGAUGCCAAGUACGCGUCUGACCUCAUCAAGGUCCUUGAGGGUGCCGGCCAGCGUGUCCCUCCUGACAUCCGCAACAUGGCUUCCCGUGCUUCUUCCCACCUCGGCAAGCGCAACCGGUGGUCUGACAAUUCUCGUGGUGGAGGUGGACCUGGCAACAGGGGUGGAGGCGGACGUAGUGAUCAUCGUGGUGGAAGUGGAGGGCGGGGCCCACCAGCUUGGUCAGACAGGUCACAUAACGAGGGAGGUAGCAGUCGGGGUCGACAUGAAUGGGGCCAAGGCCGAAGUAGGAGCCGCAGCCGUAGCAGAAGCCCAGGCAGGUCCCGCAGUGCGUGGGGUGGCGGUAGCAGUGGUUAUAACAAUAGUAGUAAGUCGAGGAGUAGGAGUAGGAGUAGGAGUAGGAGUCGGAGCAGGAGCCAUGAGAGGGGGGGUUUUGGUGGUGGCAAUAGGUAUGGAGGUGGUGUUGGGGGGGACAUCAGGGAAAGGUCAUCUCCGCCUUCAAGGAAAGAUGGCACUCCUCUCUUUGUUAGAAGGGAUAUGGAAAGGGCACAGUCACCUCCAAAUGGGGAUGGAUUAGGGGCGACAAGGAAGGAUGGUUUAGGGUCUUCACCGGCAUGUGAUGAUGAUGUUGGACAGGUGAGGGGGGGUGAUGGGUGGCAGGAUUCACCUCCUUAUGCGGAGGGUUCUUUCCAUGGUGGGGAUGCAGUGGAUGAUGAUUUGCCAGAGGUGGUGCCUGUGGUUCCAGGACUGGAGUCGGAGGCAGUUGCCUGAGCUCUUCCGAGCUUCAGAUUCUCAUCUGAUUAGCUUGAUUUUGCAUAGAGUCCUUAUCUGAUAUAGUUUCUUAACUCUCUGGCUUGCUUCUUUUCAUUGAAUUCUGAUCUUGCUUGGCUGGAAUCUGACCCAGCUAAAUGAUUUUGGAUCUCAAAACCCUUUUUUUUUCGUUUUGGGAUGAAGUUGUAAUUUUUGAUAUUUCCUGAGCUUUGGAGUUCUCGAAGUUUGGGGGAAGGAAUGGGGUGGACAGAUGGUUUAUGUCUUUAUAACACAUAUAUGUAAUUGGUAGAAGAAUUACUGUUCCUCUCAUAUUUGUCAUUGCCUUACAUAAAGACUCGGGUGAACCGGCCUGUCUUGGAUCCUUGGAAA